UAGCGCCGGAGCGCUGGCGCGUAGUGAGCAAGUGGAUCACAUUAUCAAAAGGAAAAAUCCCCCCUCCCCAUAUCAAAACGAAGUUUCUGAUGCUGGAUUUGCGUACACAAAUCAGACUUGUCGUGCUGAAGAGGACUGCAGGCCUAUACUAGGCCUGAGUAGAGAGGUUUUCUGCUAGGCGCUACGCAUGGCAAACGCGUACUCUGUAGGGCCAACAGCAUCACAAACCGCCUGCAGAAUGCGGCGGAGCCUGUGUAGUUUCGUUCCUGCAAGACAGAGAUGAUUUGAGGUCACAGAUGAGCAUUACAAAUUUCCUGAGAUGUGCCUUUUCGAUAUGGGGAGAGGGAAUUUUUGCUUACGAUACACAUGACCGACUAUUUUCACGACGUGGCCGAGGAAGACGAGGAAAGCGGCAAGCGGAACAAGGGUCGUGCUGGGCCUCUGAACAUGAAUCAAGAGGUUCGCAUUCCCAAGUCCAUCUACAUGGGCCUUGCCCUGGUCCUCAC